AUGUUGAGCCAGCGAUUGGUGCGAGCGGCCGGCGCGGCAACCCCGCGAUCCGCGCUGCGAGCAUUCAGUUCGACGAGCCAACAGCUCAAGGUGCCCUCCAUGGCCGACGUAACCCCCGCGCCCCAGAGCGUCGCGUCUUUCAACGAGAAGUCCAAGCAGUUCCGAGAGCAGUUGGUUGAGCAAAAGAAGCAGCGGGAAGCAAGUGCGUACACUCGAUCAUCCUUCCCCUCCCCUUCCGCUUCUGGAUCCGCCCAGGACUUGGGCUCAUCUGCGAGUGCUACUUCAGGACAGAAGGCCGAAGCCUCUCAAGAGCCUCCGCGCAAGGCCGGUCCCCUGACCAACCUCAUCUACGGCACUAAGGAGGGUCGCGAGCUCGACGCCCAGCUCGAGGCCAGCUUCAGCCAAGUCCUCGCCCGAGGCAAGUACGUCCACUCGAUCGUCUUCCACGAGGUCAAGCCCGACAAGGUCGACGAGUACACCAAGCUCGUUGGCAGCUGGUACCCGCGCAUGGCUUCCAUGCCCGAGAAUAAGGUCAAUUUGGUUGGAAGCUGGAGGACCGAGGUUGGAGACUGUGACACUUUUGUCCACAUCUGGGAGUAUCAGCGCUACCAGGGUUAUCACGAGUCCAUCCACAACAUUGGCUCGCACCCCGACUUCGCCGAGUUCGACAAGAAGCUCAAGAGCCUCAUCACCUCGAAGAAGACGUCUCUCAUGCAGGAGUUCUCCUUCUGGCCCACCACGCCACCCCGGCAGCUUGGCGGCGUUUUCGAGCUGAGAUCAUACACACUACACCCUGGUAACCUCCUCGAGUGGGAGACCCACUGGAGACGGGGCCUCAAGGCGAGACGCGAGGUCAUGGAGGGCGUUGGUGCUUGGUUCGUGCAGAUAGGAGAUCUCAACACUGUCCACCACCUUUGGCAGUUCGCCAACCUCGAGGAGCGCAAGAUCCGCCGCGAGAAGAGCUGGAGUGUCGAGGGCUGGAGCGAGACAGUUCACAAGACUGUCCCGCUGAUUCAGACCAUGAAGUCCAGGAUCCUGAUCCCCAUGCCCUGGUCUCCGGUGGCAUGA